AUGGACUCCACCACUCCUCCACUGACUCCACUGGAGACACCACCACCUCCACCACCGUCGUUCACGUUUGCUUCGUACAUGAUUCCGGGAUAUGUUCUUCAGAUGUUGUGCAUUGCAUUCUACGGAUGCGUUCUUCUCGCUGUUCAGCGGAUCAAAAAUAAGGCUCAGUUCGGAUCACAGUUCUAUCAUUUGUUCUUUUUUAUUGGAAGCGCUGAUGUGAUCCAUGCCAUCGCUCUUCUCUGGAUGUGCUUCGAGCGUGAGGUUAUCCAUGGAGACGCGCUGUUUGAAGUGACAUAUGUGUGCAGCUGGCUAACAUGCUCUUGCUACCUGAUCCAUAUCAUUGGCAACGGACUAAUGGCUGUUAAUCGCUACUCGGCGACCUUCACUUUCCAUACAAUGCAUUUCUGCCCGAAACUUAUCGGCAGAUACUUCAAGAUCAUCGUUGCUAUCUCCGCCUUCUGCUCCAUUCCAGCUCUCUUCCGCGUUCGUAAUUAUGUCUAUGAGAAUGGUGAUUGGACGUAUACUCUGAGUCCAGAUUGGCUUAUUAAAGUUCAACGCUACAUCAUUAUUUUCUGGGUGUCCCUCUACUUCAUCAUCGCCCCCACCUUCACCAUCAUGACACGUUUGAGAUGCAACAACUUCAUCAAUGUCUCGCAUUUCCAUAGAAGUGAUCAGUCCCUCGUCUUCUUCAACAUCCUACACAUGAUCUUCCACUUCUUCGUCUUCCUCUACGAACUCUUCGAGGCCUUCCAGUCUGAGAACGUUUUCAUCAUCUUCAUCCAUUCACAUGUCUACAUAUUCCUCUUCGGAACCACCGUCCUCAACUCCCUCUUCAUCACCUGCACCACGACUCGUGUCCGUUUGGAGCUCUCGAAAAUUCUUUGCCAGCUCUACAAGCAAGGAAAGGGAAAAAUCUCGGGCAGCAACAAUACCAUUCAAGUGGUCCCUUCCAGAUUCUAA